CGUCAUCCGCAAUUCCAAGCAUUGGGGAUUCUCUUCUUUCUUCUAACCGGAACCCCUUCCCUCUCUGAUCCAAACAGAGUUACGAAUUAAAUGAACUAACAAAGAAACCAUAGAUUAACCCCUUCCCUAUCUGAAUCGUCUCAUAAAUCUCCAUCGCUGAAUAAGAGAAUGAAGGGUUCAUCAGAACGAAAGUACAUGCAAGAGUUUCUCCUAUACGCCGCAAGCGCCGCGUUGAGUUGUUUGGUAAUAUUCACAGGUCUCCAUUACUUAGACCCCAACCGUGAAUCCUCCAAGAAAGCUCUCGAACACAAGAAAGCCAUUGCAAGACGUCUAGGUCGUCCCCUCAUUCACACAGAUCAAUAUGAGGAUAUAAUAGCAGGCGAUGUUAUAAAUCCUGACCACAUUGAUGUAGAGUUUGACUCCAUUGGGGGACUGGAAUCUAUUAAAGAAACUUUGUUUGAGCUUGUUAUUCUACCCUUAAAGCGGCCUGAGUUGUUUUCGCAUGGCAAGCUCCUUGGACCAUUAAAGGGGGUUCUGUUGUAUGGACCCCCUGGCACUGGGAAAACCAUGCUUGCCAAAGCUAUUGCCAGGGAGUCUGGAGCGGUUUUCAUUAAUGUGAGGAUAUCUAACCUCAUGAGCAAGUGGUUCGGAGAUGCCUCAAAGCUUGUGGUUGCUGUAUUUAGUUUGGCUUAUAAGCUUCAGCCUGCCAUCAUAUUCAUUGAUGAAGUAGACAGUUUUUUGGGUCAGCGUCGUCAAUCAGAUCACGAGGCUUUGUUAAACAUGAAAACUGAGUUCAUGGCUCUAUGGGAUGGAUUCACUACCAACCAGAAUGCCCGAAUUAUGGUACUUGCAGCAACUAAUCGUCCUUCGGAACUUGAUGAAGCAAUACUUCGGCGUUUUCCUCAAUCCUUUGAAAUUGGACUUCCUGACCAGAAGGAAAGGGCUGAUAUAUUGAAAAUCAUCUUAAAGGGUGAGAGGAUUGAAGAUAACAUAGACCUCGAUUAUAUAGCUAGCUUAUGCGAGGGUUACACUGGGUCAGAUCUAUUUGAUCUUUGUCAGAAGGCCGCCUAUUUUCCUAUUAGAGAACUGCUGGAAUAUGAGAAGAAAGGGAAACAAUCUCCUGCACCUAGACGAUUGUCACAGGUAGAUUUGGAAAAGGCCCUCUCCACUACUCGGACGAUGGUUGCUGCAAACGAAUACGAUGGAUUGAACCAACAGUCAUCAUCAAGACGGACAUUUCCUGUUGAUUCAGAGUAGCUAAGAUUCACCAAGACAAUGCAGUUAUCAAGUUGCCAACAUUCAUCAGUGAUUGAGAUGUGGGGGAUAUAACUGGCGUUGGAGUGGGUGUGGCAUGGUUACUCCUUCACUCUUUAUGUUUGGUGAUUUGAGUUUUUUGCACACGUAAUGUAUUAAACAAUUGUAUAAUUGAUGUGUACAUAUGUAUACAAGUACCAAUACUUUUUUCUGAAAUUAUUUCGUGAAUUCUAGUUUUUCAAUA